AUUGACAAACAUAACCGCAUUUGUUAAUUACCAGGAAAGAGUUUGUUUUCUAAAUACUACAAUGGACGAAGAUACCGAGAUAGAAAAUUUAAUGGAAAACGUUAAUUUAGAAUAUAUGCUUGAAUUCGAAACGGAUAUAUUUUUAAACAUGAUUCCGAGAUCACAAUGCGCUUUGGCCAUUGUAGCCAAGGGAUUGAAUUUAGACUUGGUUAUAUUCAACAUUCUUAAGGUUUACUGCGAUCCUGGUAAUUUAAUUUUGGUGUUAAAUGCUUCAGAUGGUGAAGAGAAAUAUUUUCGCGAUAAAUUGAAGAAUGAGAAUGUCCACAACAUUAAUAGUGGUGUAAAUGCAGCUGAUAGAGAGGAAAAAUACCUUUCUGGGGGUAUACAUUUCAUAACAACUCGAAUUUUGGUAGUUGAUCUGUUAAAAAAUCGGAUCUGCAUAGAUAAAAUAACUGGCCUGAUUGUAUUAAGAGCUCAUAAAAUUUUUGAAAGUUGUCAGGAAGCUUUUGCCCUGAGGUUAUUUCGACAGGGAAACAAAACUGGAUUUGUUAAAGCUUUUACCAACAGUCCGGAGAGCUUUACAAUGGGGUAUUGCCAUGUGGAGAAAGUGAUGAGAGCUCUGUUUGUUAAGGGGCUUUUUAUAUGGCCCAGGUUCCAUGGUUUGGUCAGACAAAGUUUAAAAGAAUACGAACCCCAGGUAAUCGAACUGCAUGUUCCAAUAUCAGAUUCCAUGAAAAAGUUGCAAAGUGUAUUAUUGGAAUUAAUGAAUAUUACAGUAAAUGAGUUAAAGAAAAUUACUAAUGCACUGGACAUUCCAGAAAUCACAGUUGAAAAUUGCUUAAUAAAAAAAUUCCAUAAAAUUCUACAAGCUCAACUGGAUUUAAUCUGGAAUCAACUAGGUGGGAAAAGUAAACAGCUGGUCUCAGACUUAAGAACUCUGCGACAGUUGUUGAUGACACUGUUUUGCUCAGAUACUGUGACCUUUUAUAACUAUGUGAUGCAGUAUCAAACUAGAGAUUAUACCAGUGUUGCUCACUGGGUGUAUUUUAAACCUGCAGACAUGUUUUUUAGCUUGGCUAAAGCUCUGGUUUUUUCUGGAAACAGAGAGUUUAACCCCGAAUUUUGUGGAAAAUGGAAAGUGUUGCUGGAACUUCUGAAAGUAGAGAUACCCAAUGAAAUAAAAUCCUCUAAUUAUAAAGACAGCACUGUGCUGAUCUUGUGUUCAGAUCAGAAGACGUGUCACCAACUUAGUAGGUUGCUCACUGACGGACCGCAUCUUUAUCUCUUAACAAUGGCUCUCAAAAAAAAAAUUAAAUUUUCAGCCUUAAGUAAACAGUUUAAAGACAGUUGCGGAGACGUACAACAUAUCUUUGCAGAAGAUGAAAUAUCCGAUAUUGGUCCCAAAGAAACCAAAAGAACCAAAAAGGAACAGAGUGAGGGAGGUAGCAGUAAAAAAAUAGGCAGUGAAGAUCAAACUGAGGAAAGUGAAGAUACAGAAGAAUAUCAAAGCACCUAUAUCCUAACGAUGAGCCAGAAUAUUUUGGAAAAAUCCUCCGACGAUUUCGGUGCAAAUGACACAACUUUUGAACCUGUUUCUCAAUUGGAAAAUAUGGAUCUGUCGCAGAUGUGUGAGUCCUUGACUAGGCCAAAAAUUCUCAUUCAAACGUUCAAGGCUAAUAACAAUUAUGUCAGCCUACAGAAUACCCUGGAAAUACUCAAGCCGCAGUACAUUGUUUUAUACCAUAGCAAUGUAACAGCUGUUAGGGAGAUUGAGAUGUACGAGGCGCAUCGAAGAAACGAGACACCGUGUAAAAUUUAUUUUUUAAUGCACACUGACACCGUCGAAGAACAAGCCUACCUAACGGCUUUGCGUAGAGAAAAGGAGGCCUUCGAGACUUUGAUUGAAACCAAACGGACUAUGGUUAUUCCUGAAGAUCAAGACGGAAAAUCAGACCACUGUGCUGGGCUUCAAAGAGGUAUCACUCAACCCAGCAAAGACACACGUAAAGGAGGUCAAGAAGACGGACCCCAUAGACGGCUCGUCAUCGUCGAUAUGAGAGAGUUUCGCAGUGACUUGCCGCAUCUGAUCUACAAGCGAGGUAUCGACAUUGAACCAGUCACCCUCGCUAUAGGUGAUUAUAUUCUGACACCAGAAAUUUGUGUGGAAAGAAAAAGUUUGUCAGAUCUCAUUGGAUCACUGGAUUCGGGAAGACUGUAUCAACAAUGCAUUCAAAUGAUGCGCUAUUACACUAAGCCUAUGCUGUUAAUUGAGUUUGACGUUCACAAAUCCUUUGGCUGGCAACAGAAAUUCAUAAUGGGCGACGACAUAGAAAACUUUGGAAUUCAGCAGAAACUUCUCCUUUUGACUAUUCAUUUUCCAAAACUGAAGAUUAUUUGGUCACACGGACCCUAUGCCACAGCUCAAUUGUUCGAUGAACUCAAACAUGGUAAAAGUGAACCCAAAGUUGUGGAAGCGAAGGCUUUGGGCGGCGGCGAAGCAGACUUGGACUUGAUUGAGAGCAAAUACAACACAAACCUAUAUGAUUUUUUGGAGAAGCUACCGGGACUUAAUAUGAAGAAUAUUCAUGAAUUCCUAAGAAAAGGACAUUCGCUUCGCGAAGUUCUUAGCAAAUCUGAGGAAGAACUGAAAGAGCUGCUGGGCAAUACAGCAGAUGCCAAAGCCUUUUUUUCAAUUUUGCAUGAAGAGCACAUCGAAAAGCAGGAACCAGAGCCUAAGUUCAAAAAGGGCGGUAAAUUUAAGUCAUUCCGAAGAAAUAAAUGUUAAAUAUGUUUCGAUAGUCAUGUAUUUUUAUUGUUCAUAGCAAAUAAAAUUAAUUUAUUAAUUUUUUUUUAAUUUGUUGGCAGAUUUAUUAUAUCUGUUAAAGAUUAGGUUGGUCAUUUGUUUUUUUUUAUUCUGGCCCCAGGUCAUUAUAUUUAAUUAACCAGAACUUAUCAUUAAAAUUUAUGUUUUCAUCCACUUUCCUCUAUUUAAGCACAAUUUUUAAUCAAAAUUUCA